AUGGGGACGGCUCAAGUACCGGUGAAAUCUGUCACUGCCAUUCCACUGAAGCAAGGCUGGGAUGAGGGAGCAUUUACUUCAGAGUUGCUGAACAAAUCGAUUGUGCCACGGGCUAUCUCUGCUGCCGACACAGACAAGAAGAUCACCCCUCCCAAAGAUGUCGGGAAGCCUCCUCCAAUUCAGGCUGGUACCUAUCAAGGAACCAAGUUGGCCUUGACGCAGAUGAUGAAACGCAUCGAAACAAGAUUUGAAUCCUUCUUCGAUGUGGCCGGGUUUGAGACCAGCGUCCCGUUGGCACUCGCUGUCGACCCAAAGUCUCUCUACACGUUCCAGAAGCCAGGCAGUGACAAUUACCCACCGCAUCUGGACAUCAUACCCAAAGUAGAUCAAGUCAACUUGCUCAAGAUUUUCGAUUUCAUGAGGCUUCUUGACACUGGAACCCUUGUCGGCACGCUCCUCCCGGACACAAUCCUUGAUUUCAUCCACGACCAUCCGGAAGGUUUCACAGUUGACAGCAUCGAGGCACGCAACAACGAGCUUCAUAAGAACAAGGAAGACAUCUUCGAUGAGGAGAAUAUUGGCAAUCGUCCUGACUGGUGGACCGAUGCUGUAUUUGCCCAACAACAAUUUGUGGGCACAAAUCCCACCACCAUCGAGCAGGCCUCGCCCGAGUGGCUCAAGGGCUUUACCGAUGCCGCCCAGGCAAAUACUGAGAUCCAGAAUCUCCUGUCGACUGGGAAUCCCCAAUCCUUCUAUGUCCAAGACUGCAGUUACUUCCGAACCGCCAUGGGGGCAGAUCAGCAAGCAGAUCUGAUUUCCAAUGAUGGAAUGAGACGUCUAUGCGCUUCGGUGACUCUCUUUCAACUCACGGAUGCCGGCGUUCUUCAUCCACUGGCAAUAGCUGUUGACUACAAAGGCAGCCUUGCAAACUCUGUGGUCAUCUUCAACAAGAGGUCCAGUCCAUCUAACCCUGAGUCCAAGGACGAUUGGCCGUGGCGGUAUGCAAAGACAUGCGCCCAAACCUCGGACUGGCUGAGACACGAAGUCACAGUGCAUCUGGUCAAUACCCAUCUGGUGGAGGAGGUCACCAUUGUGGCGGCACAUCGCGCCUUCUCAACAGAUCACCCAGUGUAUCGCCUUCUCCAACCUCACUGGCUCAAGACGUUGUCGGUCAAUGCAGCAGCUCGGGCAACCCUCGUUCCAAACAUCAUCGUCAAGAUAGUGGGUAUCACAGAUCCCCAACUCUAUUCUUUCCUAAGGGAUGGGUACAAACGCUUCGACUGGACAGCAAAAUACGUGCCAAAUGAUUUGGCAUCGAGAGGCUUCCCACCUGAGGAACUGGCCAGCAACCCAAAAUUUCAUAACUAUGCUUAUGCACGGAACAUGAUUCUCAUGUGGCAGAUUCUGCGCAAGUUCGUGUCAAGUGUUCUUGCCAUUGACAUCCACUCCGAUGAGCAGGUGGAAAAGGACGAUCAGAUUGCUAGCUGGAUCAAGGAGAUGCAAGAUGACAAUGGAGGACAAAUGAAGUCCUUUCCGGCGAUCAAGACUUUCGAAGACCUCGUCGACGCAGUCACGAUGUGCAUCCAUAUUGCCUCGCCACAGCAUACCGCCAUCAACUAUCUCCAAAGCUACUACCAAUCAUUCGUUAUCAGUAAGCCCUCGGCUUUAUUCUCAUCAUUGCCAAAGAGCCUCGACGAUCUCAAGACAUAUGAGGAAGAAGACUUACUAGCCGCUUAUCCGAUCAAGCACGCCCGUGAAUGGCUGCUGGCAUCUCACGUCCCUUAUCUUCUCAGCUACAGAGUGGCGGAGGAGCAGAACAUGCUCAACUUUGCCCUCUCCACAGCCAAGCUUGCAUCACUCAACAACCAGACUCAGCUUGCGGCCGCAGCUGCACAGCUGUAUGCGGAUCUAAUGCAGCUGGCGGAGGUAUUUAAGAUGAACAGCAAGGAUAUGGAUGACAAGACCAAGUCUUAUGAUGUGAUGGACCCCUCAGCGACCGCGGUCUCGAUCUUGUUGUGA